CUCGCCACUCCAACGAAAACCAUAGGAGGAAAAACAAUACAAACAAACCCAAAAAAGAGAAGAGUUUCAUCAACAGAUUUUAAAAACAAGGAGAGAACAUGGGAGGAAAGAAGCUUCACAAUCACAACAACAACAAUGGCGCCGUUGAUACCAAUAGCAACAACUCCAACCGCAAUGGUACAACAACAACAACGGUGAAGCCACCGCCGGUGACUCUCCAGCAGUCCCCCAUCAUCAAUCUUGACCGCGGGGAUCCGUCGGUGUUCGAGCCGUACUGGAGGAAGAACGGCGGCAAGUGCACGAUCACGAUCUCCGGCCACGAUUCGCUGAGCUACUUCUCCGACCCGAAUAGCGUGUGCUGGUACAUGGAGCCGGAGCUCCAGGAGGCGAUCCGGAGGGUCCACCGGGUCGUGGGGAACGCCGAGACGGAAGGCUGCCACGUGGUGGCGGGGACGGGAUCCACCGUCCUCUUUCAGGCGGCGCUUUACGCCCUCUCCACCUCCUCCUCCGUCGCCGCCGAGCCCAUGAAGGUCGUCUGCGCCGCUCCUUACUACUCGCAAUACAAGGAGCAGGUGGAGCUGUUGCAGUCCCGGCUGUACGAAUGGGGCGGCGACGCUGAGACGUUCGACGGCAGCGCGGCGCCGUUCAUCGAGGUGGUGACUUCGCCGAACAACCCGGACGGCAGCCUCCGGGAGGCGGCGGUGGCGAACAAGACGGGGAACGGCAAGCUGAUCCACGACCUGGCUUACUACUGGCCCAACUACACUCCCAUCACCCGCCCCGCCGACUACGACAUCAUGCUCUUCACCCUCACCAAGUGCACCGGCCACGCCGGCUCAAGGAUCGGGUGGGCGUUGGUGAAGGACGUGGAGGUGGCGAAGAAGAUGACGACGUUCAUGCAGAUCACCACAAUCGGGGUGUCGAAGGAUUCCCAGCUGAGGGCCGCCAAGAUCCUGGGCGUCGUUGCGGAGGACUGCGAGCAGCACGCCGCCGGUGCAUUCGGCUACGCCGGCAACGACGCCGACAAGACCUUCUUCGGCGAAUCCAGGAAGCUCAUGGCGGAGAGGUGGGAGAAGCUGAGGGAAGCCGUCAAGGACAAAAAAGACGUUUUUACCCUCCCAAAGUACCCCAAACGAUACUGCAACUUCAGUGGAAGAUACUUCCAGCCUGCUCCCGCUUUCGGGUGGCUGGAGUGCAAGAAAGGGUGUGAUGCGUCGGCGUUGAUGAAGGCGCACAAUGUGCUGACGAGGGGAGGGGAGACAUUUGGGGUGAGCAGUAGGUACACGCGGAUAAGUAUGAUUAGUCGAGAGGAGGAGUUCGAGCGCUUCAUUGAGAGGAUUUCAGGGAUCCAGUGUGUUGAUGAGGAGGAUGAAGAAGAGGAAGAAGGGUUCGUGGUGAUGAAUGGCGGCGAUGUGAUUCGCCUUGGGAAUGGGAAUUCGAAUGGGCAUGGGAAGUGGCUUGAACAAGUGGAAGUGCAGUGAAUGUGUGUGCAGAAAUUGGAUAGAUGGAUGAGGAAUGGAAUUGGGGAUCUUGAUUGGAGGAGUAAUAAUUAAUAAGUUUUUUUUUUUUUUUUUUUGUGUUGGUAGGGUUAUGUUAUAAUGUGGUGUGUAUAGUAGGGGAGGGAAAGGUAAUGUUAUUGAGUUGUAGGGUUUGAAGCUGUAAGGAUGAGCUUAAAACUUGAGUUUAUGGGGCUCGUCUAAGGUGGAGUUUUCGUAGUAGUAUAGUUAGGGAUUUAGUUUCGGGAGUCCUAAACUUAGUGUAUUAUCGACAUAAAAAAAUAAAGUUUAAUAUAAAUAUAAAAUAUUA